GAAGGGAUGCCCAUCAGCAGCCAGGACAAGUUCCCCAUUCAAGGAAAUACGCUGACCCCCGUGAACCUGACAGAUGACCAGAUAGCUGCUGGCCUCUACGAGGUUCUGUCUGAACACCCUCCAGCACGAGUGGUUCCGUGUGUCCAGUCAGAAGUCAGCUGUGCCAGCCAUGGUGGGUGACUACAUCGCUGCCUUUGAGGCAGUCUCCCCAGAUGUGCUCCGCUACAUUAUCAACAUGGCUGAUGGCAAUGGCAACACUGCCCUCCACUACAGCGUGUCGCACUCCAACUUCGAGAUUGUCAAGUUGCUUCUGGAUGCAGAUGUGUGUAAUGUCGACCACCAGAACAAGGCGGGGUACACACCUAUCAUGCUGGCGGCGCUUGCAGCUGUGGAGGCAGAGAAAGACAUGCAGGUGGUGGAAGAACUCUUCGGCUGUGGAGACGUGAAUGCCAAAGCCAGUCAGGCAGGACAGACAGCCCUCAUGCUGGCAGUCAGUCAUGGACGAAUAGACAUGGUGAAGGGCCUGCUGGCCUGUGGGGCUGACGUCAACAUCCAGGACGACGAGGGUUCCACUGCCCUGAUGUGUGCUAGCGAGCAUGGGCAUGUGGAGAUUGUCAAGUUGCUGCUGGCCCAGCCAGGCUGCAACGGCCACCUAGAGGACAACGAUGGCAGCACCGCACUCUCCAUAGCCCUGGAAGCAGGACACAAGGACAUCGCCGUUCUUCUGUAUGCUCACGUCAACUUCGCAAAAGCCCAGUCUCCGGGUACUCCAAGACUUGGAAGAAAGACAUCUCCUGGUCCCGCCCAUCGAGGUUCCUAUGACUGAUUAUGUACAAACAGCUCUCCACCUAUGUGCCACCACGAAGCUGCUAAUUGUUCUUGUUGGGGUGACAGAUACUGAAUGUUUAUGGACGGUGCCUGAGCUGCAGCACACAAAAGUGGAAAGGCACAGGCUGAACACUGAUGCUUUUGCAAGGAAUGUAGCACAGUUGGGAAAUGGCUAAGCUGCACACAGGCCUCGCUCUCACAUUCUGCUCUCUGUAGGGCUUGAAUCUGGCUCUGUGGCUGCUUAGUGGUCAGCUCUGUUAUAAACAGUAUAGGAAAUGGUAGUCUGGCCUGACCAGGCCACUUCUCCUACAGCACAAACAAGUGUCAGGUUUGCUUUGGCAUGGUAGUUUCGAGUUUUUCCACAAAUAUUUAUGCUUACUAAAUGUUGGACCCAUUGAGAAGCCCUUCCAGUAUUCCAUUCCAGGAUGAUUUUUUUAAUUUCUCUUUUUUUUUGGUCUUUUUUUGAAACAGGGUCUCCCUGUAACCCCCAGCUGGCCUGGAACUCACUAUGAAGACCAGGCUGGAACUCACAGAGAUCCACCUGUCUCUGCCUCCCAAGUGCUGGGAUUAAAGGCAUGUGCCACCUUGCCCAGCCUUUGUCUUUCUUUUAAAAUAAGAAGCUUGAGCUGACUUUGAUCGUCAGCAGUUUGGGCCCCAGGCUGAUAGUCUCAGUUAAAAAAAAAAAAAUAGUAGAACUCUUAAACCUUAUAAACUUACAAAAAGAAAUGUUUCAGUUGGUUUAUCUAGGAGGAUGUAUUAUAUAGCUUUUUAUAUAAAAGACUUCUAUAUGAAAUUGACACAGUAUUUUCAACUUUUAUAUCCCAUAGUAAAGUACAUGUAACAUUACCAUAUUUUUAACAAUUGCACAACCCUGUCUGUAUCUAAUGAUAAAGGUUGAAUUAUGUUAGAAGAGUGGGCUCUGUAUUUGCCUGUAGAACUACCAAGUGUAGUUCCCUGUGUAUUUAUGGAUUCCUUUAUAUCAUGUCACAUUUGCUUUGGUCCUGUAAAUGUAUUUAAAUGUUUGAAGUGCCUUAGACUCUUGCCAUAUUUUCAAAAUAAAAUUUCAUUAAGCUCUU